AUGAACAAUCAAGUAAAUGAAGAUGCUAUGGACAUCAAUCUUGAUCUCUCAUUGCCCACUCACAUCUCUCCAGCGACUGGCUCUGAGAGCGCCAGUGGCAGUAACGCCAGCACACUCCGCAACGAUGGAAAUGUGCUGGAUAGCAACCUCUUGGGAAAUUCAGCCGCAAUUCCAGCAUCUACAGCCUCUAAUCAACGAUCGGAAGUCAUUGGUGAAAAACUAAGCAUGAAGAAGAACUCAAACGCUUCCGCUUCGAAUUCAAAUACGGGGGGUCCAGGACAUCUGUUAAGCCAGUCUUUGACCAAUGAAUCACCCUCAAAUGAGAUAUCAACGGAUCAGUUGAAGAUUUUUCAAAGGAUGGAUGAAAUGAGUGCAAGAAUGAUCGCGAUGGAAGAAAGUUUUCACACGCUAUCCAGCAAGAUCGCGGAACAAAAUUCGAUGGUUUUAAACUUGAAGCAAGAUAAUUAUAAAGUUCUAAACAAGUUGAAUAUAUUGCUCAAACUAGUCGCGCAGCCAAUCGUACGGCCAAGCUCCAAUAAUGCCCAAAAUAAAUUUGCUAUCGAGUUGUUAAAUUCGAUAUCAGCCGUUAGUAGUACCUACUUACAGAAAAUGCAGAAUAAUGGAUCUGGAAAGCAGAACAGUGCCGAAGUAUACACGGGACUCUCUAAUGCAUCUUCUGGUACCAGUCAACAUCAGGCCACGAACGCGACCAUGGAUGUAAAUACGAAUACCGCACAUUUAAACAACCAAUUUCCUAACGCAUUAGCUACCAUUUUGCCAGAUCAUCAACCUAACCGGAGCAGUGUUUCUCAAAAUAUGAACAUUUCUGUUUCGAACCGAGAUACUGGUCCUGCUUUAAACCCACAAGCCAAUCAGAAUCAAUCUCAAAUACAAAUUCACAACGCGCAUACACACCAACCGGUAAAUCGAUCACCUAUUACAUUCCCGAAUUCUUCGACUGACAAGGCAUUCAAGCUGAAUCCCAAUGGAAUUAAACGGCGCAGAAGAAAUACACAAAAUAACAACUAUGCUAGCGCUAAUAAUUUUGGCAUCAAUGCUGCUCAUAAGCCCACAUCAAUCCUAUCACCAUUGACAAAUUCCCAUAAUUCAACAACCAGCAUUAAUUAUACUCCUUCCUCUAUUCAUUCAAGCGUCACCAGUGCUUCAAAUUCAUUUCACGAUCUGAAUUCACUGAAUAAUUUCGGCACAACGGCAGCAUUGAAUUUGCCCAGUUUAGCUCUAGAUAACGCUUCUUUUCCCUCAAACCCCAACAUUAUACAUUCUGUGAACAAUAAUAAUUCUCAGCAGCCUUUAUCAUUCUCUCAACUAAUUAAUCAAGAUAGUACUACGUCUGGAUUGCUACCCAGUAAUAACAGUGGGGUGCACACGAGCAUUGUAAAUAAAAACAGAGGUUCUACUUUCCCGCCCUGCUCAAAGCCGAUUACAAUGAAAAGCAAUGUUGAUGAUGACGGCUAUCAGGAGGACGAUGAUGAUGACGGCGAUGACGAAGGCGAUGGAAGAGAUAAUGAAGAAGAUAGUACCGCUGAGGAAGAUGAAGUAGAUGAUGAGAUUGAAACUGAUAUGAAGAACGCGUCAUUUAACAAACGAAGAAAAAAUUUGCAUCAUAAAAAAAGUAGCUCUCUCAACAAUAGGAGGAAAUUUCAUGAUGAGACUGCUAGUAGACUCAAUUCCAAUUCUGAUUUACAUUACAGGAUAUUGAAGGCUCCCACCGACGUAAAGACUAUAUGGGAAGAAUACAGUACCGGUAUAAGAGGCAAACCAUCGAUCAAACAUCUUGAAUCCAAGUAUGGUAACAAGUGGAGGUUGAAUAAGAACAAGAAGACCUUUUCUAGACGGAAAAGACUUUAUAAGUUUAUUCUGAACGGUAUGGAAAAAGGCAAAACAGCACAAGAGAUGAUAGAGACCCUAGAGAACAAGAGGCUUUACAAAGAUGAUGAGGAUGGCGAAGUUAAGAAAAGAACCAUUGGCUGGUUGCAAGAGAGCCUUGCCGGAAUAUAA